AUGGCUCCCUCGGCCACGAGCGAGCAGCCCGCCGCUGCGCAACCCCAGGAGAAGACGUACCCGCCAGCCAAGAUCUACAACGUCAAAGAGACGCGCUUCGAAAAGUUUAUCGCCCCCGAUAGCGAAGGUCGCAAGAAGGCCCUUCAGCAAAAUGGCAACGCUGCGAUCGUCAUUGACAAUGGAUCCUCGGCCGUCCGCGCUGGCUGGUCGUUCGAGGAUGCGCCGCGCUUCAGCAUGCCUCCGAUCAUGGCCAAAUACCGCGACCGCAAGGCCGGCAAGACGUUUUCUUUUGCCGGUGCCGACUGCUUCGCCGAUACGACUGCCAGAGGCCAUAUCCGCAGCGCCUUUGAGCCAGGUACUGGAAUCGUUAGCAAUUGGGACGUCAUGGAACACGUGCUUGAUUACAUCUUCCUCAAGCUCGGACUGAACGACUCCGAUGGCGGCGUCGAUGUGCCCGUCGUCAUGACCGAGGCUGUCGCUAACCUUCCCUACUCGCGGAAAUCAAUGACGGAGAUCAUUUUUGAAUGCUACAAUGCACCCUCACUCGCCUACGGCAUCGACUCCCUGUUCUCAUACCGACACAACCAAGGAAAGACUGGGCUUGUGGUGUCGUCAUCUUACACCUCUACACAUAUCAUACCUGUUUAUAACUCCAAGGCUAUGCUUGCUCAAGCAACGCGACUGAAUUGGGGAGGAUAUCACAGCGCCGAAUAUCUUCUCAAGCUGAUCCGUCUCAAAUACCCUGCCUUUGCUGGCAAGCUCAAUGCUUCGCAGGCCGAGCACAUGCUCAAGGAUCAUUGCUACAUUUCUGAUUCAUAUGAGAACGAGAUCAAGAGCUACUUGGACUGGACUGGCUUGGAAGAUCGCGAUAUUGUAAUCCAGUACCCGUUCACAGAGGAGGUCGUUGUGCAAAAGUCGGAAGAGGAAUUGGCGCGCAUAGCUGAGCGCAAAAAGGAAAGCGGCCGUCGUUUACAGGAACAAGCUGCCAAGAUGCGCUUGGAAAAGUUGAUGAAGAAGGAGCAGGAUCUAGAGUAUUACAAAACUCUUCAGCAGCAAAUUACUAACGAAACCAAGAAGGAGACGCGACGGCUUUUGGAUAGCAACGAGAUCAAGGAUGAAGCCCAACUCGAAAAGAUGAUCAAGGAACUGGACAAGGCUAUCAGAAAAGCCAGAAUAAAGGAUGUUGGUGGAGAUCCCGAGGAGGAGGAGGAAGCGCCCAACUUUGAUCUACUCGACAUACCUGACGACCAGCUCGAUGAAGCGAAACUGAAGCAGAAACGCCAGCAGCGGCUGCUCAAGUCCAACCAUGACGCCCGCGCUCGUGCCAAGGCCGAGAAGGAGGCCGAGAAGGCCCGAGUUGAGGAAGAAGCGCGGUUGGACACUGAGCGCCGCACCAACGACCUGGAAGGGUGGCUGGACGAGAAGCGCCAGGCGCGGCUGGAGACGCUGCAAAAGAUCAAGGAGCGUGACAGGCUGAAGCAGGACCUAGGCAACCGCAAGUCGCUAGCGUCGCAGAUCCGCAUGAAGAGCAUCGCGAACCUAGCAUCGGACAACCCGACCAAGAAGAGGCGGCGCGGCGGCGACGAUGACAACUUUGGCGCCGACGACGACGACUGGGGCGUGUACCGGCAAAUCACCGUCGGCGACAACAGCGACGACGAGCACGAGGAGGUGGACCUCAACGCGAGCCUGCGCGGGCUCGAGCAGGAGCUGCUCCAGUUCGACCCGGACUUCACGUACGAGCACACGCAGGAGGCGCAGUCGGACUGGUCGCGCUCGCUGCUGCACGCGUUCGCGCGCGGCCCGCGGCCUUUCGACGCCGGCUCACAGGCCGAGCUCAACCAGAUCCACCUCAACGUCGAGCGCAUCCGCGUGCCCGAGGUCGUCUUCCGGCCGUCCAUCGCCGGCGUCGACCAGUCCGGCGUCGUCGAGAUCGCCGGCGACGUGCUCGCCCAACGGCUCGCCGGCCUGCCCGGCGGCGUCGACGUGGACGACUUCCUCCGCGACGUCUUCCUCACCGGAGGCGGCACGCUCUUCCGCAACUUUGACCAGCGCAUGCGCGACGGCCUCCGGUCCCUGCUCCCCGCGAACGCGCCCCUCAAGGUGCGCCGUGCAGCGGACCCGCUGCUCGACGCCUGGCGCGGCGCGGCCGGCUGGACGGGUACGUCGGCGUGGAAGCAGGCGACGGUCUCGCGCGAGGAGUACCUCGAAAAGGGCGCCGAUUACAUUAAGGAGCAUGACAUGGGCAACUCGUAUGCUUGA